CCCUCGGCGCAAGCGCAGCGGGAGGAGGCGGGGCGCGGCUUCGGCGGCCUGAGCAGCUUCUGCCCGGGCCUAAGGGGCGGCCGCCAUGGGCAAGCGGGUAGCAGUGGUGCUCGCCGGAUGCGGCGUCUUCGAUGGCAGCGAGAUUCACGAGGCCUCGGCGGCGCUGGUGCACCUGAGCCGCGGCGGCGCGGAGGUGAAGAUAUUUGCCCCCAAUAUUGAGCAAAGGGAUGUAGUUAAUCACCUAAAAGGAAGUCCAGCAGAAGAGAAGAGAAAUGUUCUAGUUGAAAGUGCCAGAUUGGCAAGAGGAAACAUUCAGGAUUUGGCUGAACUGAAAGCUAGUGAAUUCGAUGCGGUCAUUUUCCCUGGUGGUUUUGGUGUAGCAAAGAACCUGUGUUCCUGGGCUGUAGAUGGCAAGGACUGUACUGUCAAUGAGCACGUGAACUCCACACUCCAAGCUUUCCACAGUGCUAAAAAGCCCAUUGGUUUGUGCUGUAUAUCGCCAGUCCUGGCAGCUAAAGUCUUUCCUGGUUGUGAGGUUACAGUCGGCCAAGAUAAAAAUGUAGAUGGAAGGUUUCCUGAUGCUGAAACAGCAUCCGCUAUAGCAGAGCUUGGAUGUAAGCACGUUUGCAAAAAUGUAAAUGAAUCCCAUGUGGAUAAAGCCAAUAAAAUAGUUACUACCUGUGCUUUCAUGUGCAAGGCACCUCUGCAUGAAAUCUUUGAUGGAAUUGGAACAAUGGUACAAGAAGUCCUGAAACUUGCCUGACUGGAAGUGCAGACUUCUGCAGGGAAAUCAAUUCAGCUAAGCAUGAGCAAUUAGCUUCUCUUGAUUGUAUUAAUAAAAUACUGCAACUGUUAAACUUCA